UCCUGCGCAGCCCUGCUUCUUCCUUUUUGCUAAAUGUGACAGCUAUGGCUCCGAUCGUAAGUGUCUGAACUGCAAACUUAACCGCAUUUUUUUGAUAUAUUUACACCUGGCUUUUCCACUCAAAGAAAUAUAUGCUAUCAAUCUACAGAAACACAACACUCUGGGAGUUUUUAACGUCUUCCGGUAGUUUAUUUACUGUGUCGGCUGACACCACGUUGGGAUGUGUGUUAAAUGUGAUGCUAACAGCUAGCAGUAGGUAACCUGACACACCUGGAUGAAGUUUAGACAUACGGGAGUCUUAAUACAAAGAGGUGUCACACUUAUGCAAACACGUACUUUUGUUUUAUUGUCAUGUUGUUUGAACGUUAUCUUUACCUGUUAAAAGGUCACAUAUGUUGUCAUGACUGUAAGAGUUUGAUGAAGCCUCUGUGACUCUGAUAGAAAAAGCAGCUGGUGAGGAAACCAGGAGGGAAGAAGAAGAAGCAGAUCCUGAAGUUCACCCUGGACUGCACCCACCCUGUGGAGGAUGGCAUCAUGGAUGCAGCUAACUUUGUGAGCGGACGAAAUCAGAUAUCAUCUUGACUUUGUUGUGUUGUAUCUCACCCCCUGCUGUGUGUGACUUCCUGUCUCCUCUGCACCUACAGGAGCAGUUUCUGCAGGAGCGCAUCAAGGUGAACGGAAAAGCUGGAAACCUCGGAGGUGGUGUGGUGUCCAUCGAAAGGAGCAAGAGUAAAAUCGCAGUGAACUCUGAAGUCCCCUUCUCAAAGAGGUACAAAAAAACAACUCAGAGCUCAUCAAUUCAUUCUGUGAUUUAGCUCUUAAUAGCUCAAAGUACCAGUUUCUCUUACCUGGGCAACUUUUACCAGAAUUCCUACAAUAUGAAGUUGCAUUAGUUUGAAACAGCAGGUGGUUUUAUUGUGUUGUUAUUGCUAUCCACUAGUGAGUGAUGUUCCUGAAAUUACUGCACUACAUGGACUUGUAAAAAGCCUCAAAGCAAAUUAAUUUCCUUGCUUCUUCUUCUUUUUUUUUUUUUUUGCUAAUUACACAGAGUUACAGCUUGAAACACUAUCAGAUAUAAGCUCUGAUUAGUUUUACAUGCCAAAACAACAUUUAACAACAAUAUAACACUAAAACCCAAGCCCACCAAAGAAAAAUUUGUGACACUUUUGAAGGAAUUAAUUUAAGUGGAGAGGAAGAGAGGAAGGGUGGUCACAGUUAAUAUUAUUAGGGUAAUAAAGUAAACAGACAUAUUGGCUGGUUAUUUUACUUCAUGUUUUAUUUUGUUAAUGAGACUUAUAAACCUUUUCUUUAAUUUUUAAAGUUUGGUGUCAGGAAAAAAAAUCUUUUCACAAAUAGAGAGAAAAUUAAAAGGACAUCUAAUAUGGAAAACUUCAAACUGUGUCAACCUGAGUUUUAAACACCACCACCACCACCACCAGAGGGGGACUCACUCUAACUCUUUUAUUCAGAACUGCACCACCUGAUACUAGAACAGUUAAGUUUCAGGCAGAUACUGCUCUGAUCAUGGAUACCUCCACAGAUAUGACCUUGUUUAUUUAUUUAAAGCACUGAGGUCCAUGUGAGUUAAAAAAAAAAAUUAGACUAAAAAAAAAAAAAACAAGAUUAGUUUGUGCAGGAAUAACCUGGAAAAGGCAUGGAAUCAAAAAAGCAAUUAAGAGGUCUGGAAUAGUUUUGGAAAUUGUAGGAAAGUUUUGGAAAAGUUAUGGAAACUCCUUCACAAAUACCUAAAUAAUACCAUAUAUGUGGUUUCUAUAAACAUCGUACUUUCAUAAAUAUCUCUUAUCAAACCUCAAUGUUUAUUCAACAUUUUAAUGAAGAUAUACCUACAAGUGGAUUUUAAAUUGUGUUCAUGUGUACACAGGCAUUCCAAUGAAUGCAUGACCUUGAAAAUUUGACUCAGAAACACAGGAAGUCAUUAAAAUUAUGAGCAGAAGUGUUUAAAAGCAGUGUUUAUGAAUAUAACAUGAGAACAACAGAGGCAUCAAUUAGUACAGCUCACGAGUCUUAAGCAAUUAGACUACAGUACGACAUUUUCUCCAGUAUUUUCAAAAGCAAUAAAAACACAAAGUGUUAGUGUGGGCAGAGUAAACACCGUUAUGAUUUUAUGUCUUUGCUUAUCUUAGUGAACACAUAAAUAUGAACAUGAUAUUUCUCAGUUCAUUACUGAAAGGUGGGUGGAUUAUGAAUAGAAAACAUGUAUUUACUUUGUUAACUAUAGAUAAACAGUAUCUGACUGUAUUGAUAAAUGUCACCUGAAGCUUAUUACAGGUUUGCUGCACUUUGAUUUUACCUAUAGAGAGCAUGAGAAAGUUGAUUAGUCCAGUAUCCUGUUUUCAUACAAACUCUCAUUUCUGCACAGUAUGAUGCACGAUACUGGCCUAAUCUGUUUUCAGUAAAAAAAUAGUGUGUUUAGGUUAUCCAAUAUAUGUUUUUCGAGGUUGAUAUUGAUUAUGAGUGGUUUGUUAGACAAUCUAUAUUUUGGAUCAAACUCAAAUCUAGAGUUUGAAAUAUUACAAACUUUAUCUAUUCCAAUACUUAUCUUAAACUUUCAUCAUCACAUACAGGUGUCAGCAGACAGCCAUUCACACUUACACUCCAACAAACAUUUGUAUACUUUUCUUUUUCACAGUAUUAUGGUUUAACACAACAGUUUGCAUGUUAUUUCUUGAUUAAUUAACCAGCCUCUGCUGCUCAACUGAAUGUCUUUAAGCUGAGUCUGAUGCAGGGCUGAAACAAUCCCUCGAAUAAUUCCAGUACCUUGAAUUAUGGACUUAGGUUGAAUGUGAAUACAGGAUAAAUCUGACUGUAUUUUCUGUCUUCUCUUCUCCUUCAGGUACCUGAAGUAUCUCACCAAGAAGUACCUGAAAAAGAACAACCUCAGGGACUGGCUGCGAGUUGUGGCCAACACCAAAGAGAGUUAUGAGCUGCGCUACUUCCAGAUCAACCAGGACGAAGAAGAGGAGGAGGAAGAUUAGAGCUGACACUACUUUUAAUAAAAACUCAAAAUGGAAAAGGAAUCGCUGUGUUUUUUCUCUGAACUAACCUUUAAUUUUGCUCUCCG